AUGCUCGGCCUCGCUACUUUCACCCUGGCAUCUCCAACGCCCGCGGAGCCAGCUGAAGCCAGAGACGCGCCUAGCAACGAUUGCAAGUUGGGAGGGGCUGGCGGCAUCCAGUCCCCUGCGUUCGACUCUAAAAUUGCAACUUCGGAUGAGGUGAGAUGUCACACUGCGAAUGAUGACUCGUGAGCCGCGGGCUUACUGAACUGCAUGCCUUCAAUUAAUACUCGUGCAGGGCUUCAAGAUGGUGUUCUGUUCGGGAGAGUACUUCAAGACAUCCACCAAGGUGAGCAACGAGUGCGCGAACGUGGUGUCGAACGGGCAGCAAAGCGGAGUGUCCAUCUGACUGAUAUUGACUUGGCGGCCUGCUGCUCAGUCGAUUGAUGUGAUCAUGCUUAACAACGCCAACGAAGGAGGAAGCGGCAUCACCAUUGCCAAGGGUCUGAAGCCCACAACCGCUUCAGGCUACGAUGCAACGCUCCACUUCAACCCUGAUGACUACUCCACGCCAGAGUCCAAGGACUGGACCCUGCUGGUGUACGAGCACCACACUUCAUACGUGAGUGACUGACUCGCCUCUCAGAUGCGCCGAGCUCGGCUGGCAUCAUCUAACGUUUUUGGCAUUCUCUUGUCGUUGCGCGCAGGGAGCGUCAGAUGACACAUGGUCUACGUACUCUCAGCACAUUACUGUUGCCUGA